AUGACCCGCGAAGAAAUCAGUGAGUGGUUCCAACGCCGCUUCAACCGCCCCAUGGAAGCAUACGACGUGUACAAGGUCGCAAAGGAGUUUUACCAGCUGGGCGCGUAUUCGAGGGCGUUGGUUUGUUUGCAGAUUUAUAUUACACUCCCUGGCGCAACCACACCAGGCCGACAUCUCCUCGCAUACUGUCUCCUCCAUCUUGGCGAGACCGAGCGAUCGUUACGGGAGUUCAAGAAAUGCGUUAAAGAGGGCUAUCAUGACGAUUGGCAGCUCGUUGUAGAACUCACCAUUGAACUCGAGCUUGCGCGCCGUGCUGCUGCGGCACGGGAGCGGGAAGCUGGGCUGGGUGGUGGAUUAGGAGUUCCGGCUACAACUCACUUUAGUGGCAGGGCACAGGCGUUUGGCAUAUAUGGGGCGUAG